AGCUGAUCUGACCGGAAGCGGAAGACGAAAGUAAAGACACUACGCAUCAAAAAAUCAAAGACGCACGAGCGAACACCGCCGAUAAGUGAUAUCCGAGACGUUAUCGAUCGGAGGACGGAGAUGAGCCGCGCAGACGCAGAACUGAAGAUCCUGUUUAGUCCCGGGCGCGUGCAGCUGCUUCAGGAGGAGGUGCUGGUGCAGGGUCCAAAGGUCCUGGUUACCGGGGCAACCGGUCUUCUGGGUCGGGCUGUCUGCAGAGAGUUCCAGGCUGGGGGCUGGAUGGUGGUCGGCACCGGAUACCGGAGAGCCCGGCCACGCUUCCUGCGCUGUGACCUGACGGAUGAAGACGCCGUGAGGAGGCUGCUGCACGAGUACAAGCCUGACGUGGUCAUCCACUGUGCAGCAGAGAGACGUCCAGAUGUUGUGGAGCGGCUCGCUGAAGCAACCAUCAACCUUAACGUGCACGCCACGAGCACGCUAGCAAAGGAAGCAGCGGUCUGCGGGGCCUUGCUCCUCUACAUCAGCACCGACUACGUCUUUGAUGGCAGAAAUCCUCCGUACGGAGAAGAUGACGCUCCCAAUCCACUCAACAUGUACGGCCGGAGCAAACUAGAGGGAGAGAGAGAAAUCCUGAGACACUGUCCAGGUGCUGUUAUUCUACGAGUUCCGGUUCUGUUUGGGGAGGUGGAGUUGGUGACGGAGAGCGCUGUGACGUCUCUGUGGCUGAAGGUUCAGGAGGCAACAGAGGAGAGCUGCACGCUGGACCACUGCCACCAGAGGUUCCCCACCGACACACGAGACGUCGCCGCCGUCUGCAGAAAGCUGGCAGAGAGGGCCAGACAGGACCCGUCCAUCAGAGGAAUCUUCCAUUUCUCUGGUAAAGAGCAGAUGACCAAAUAUGAGAUGGCUGUUGCCAUGGCGCAGGCCUUCAACCUGCCGUCCAACCAUCUGAUACCACUGACGGAGCAGCCGGCAGGAUCAGCUCCUCGACCAGUCAACAGUCAGUUAAACUGUUCUCGCCUGGAGCUGCUGAACCUGAGCAUCGAACCACAACCGUUCACGUCCGCCAUCAUCGACUGUCUCUGGCCCUUCACACCUGACAAACGGUGGAGACAGACCGUCUUUCACUAAGACAGACAAGUGGACAGGUGUGUGACAGACAGUUUAAAGUUGGGUGAUUUAAAAAAAAAAAAACAGUCUUCACUUUAAAACUUGAAUCAGCUGAUCUGAGAUGGGCACGAGACCCGGACGGAAAACAGUCCGGAACCAGGACCGAACUGGAAACGGACAAGUACUGGACCGGAGUGUAAACGGACGGGUACCAAUAACGUUAUGUUUUCUAUUUUUAUUUUAAAAUAAUUUAAAAUGAGGCAUAAUUUCAGAGUUUUGUUGAAUUGGUGAUUCACAGAAAGAUGUUUUCACUCAGGGUGCCCAGACUUUUGCAUGCCAGAGUUUUGUUAUUGUGCCCUGAGUUGUGUCUGCAGGCUUCUUCACUGUAACAUUUAGAUGGAAACUGGAAUGACUUCAUUCUGAAUGUGGAUUUUGAACAUUUUCUGUCUUUUCCUACUCAGUCUUUGAUUUAAAUCUGAUGUUUCAUUCCUUCAUGUUCUGGUUUAAAAAUGACCUCCUGUCAGUGGAAAGUGAUUCAUUCUGUAAAUAAUCUGAGAAGAAAGCACUUGGCAUAAAUUAAAAUCUACGGUGUCCUACAGAGGACAAAUGAAUGUAAAUGUAAGAUGAAUAAAAAUCUGGAUCACAGAA